AUGCUUGUCGUCUGGCUUUUUGCCUACUGCAUACUGCCCGUCGGCUACUGUAGUCAGUAUUCAUCGAUCAGUGAGAGUGUACAUUCUCCGGCUGAGAAUCAUUCUGAUGGAAGCGUCAGAUUUCGAAGAUUCUUUUCUUCUUACCCACCUACACAGAAGUCUAAACGAGCUGCCACUGCUCGUAAGGAACGCAUAUGGCCAGAUGGUGUCAUUCCAUAUAUCGUAGCUGCAAAUUUCUCC